AAUCCUGCAAAUGUAGAAAAAGCAAAUGUGUACAGCUAGUAAAAAGACUGGAGGUACACAGUACUUUGCAGACUCAACACCCCUUUCCUUGGAAUCUUUUUUGUACUAUAAAAUCACACUUGCUCUGUCUACUCUUUCUUCAAACUCCCAACACAAAAACACACACACACACACACACACACACACACUUACAAGAGUUUGAAGAUGGCUUGGAGCUCACCAAGAUGGAAAUGGGUGGCAGUUUGUACUUUUGUAAUGGCUCAUACAGUUGCUGCUCAAGUUGAAGAUGGUCUUCUAAUCAAUGGUGAUUUCGAGACACCACCAGCUGGUGGAUUCUCUGGCUUUGGCGUAGCCGAUGGACCAACAGCAAUUCCCAGCUGGAGACUAAAUGGGACAGUUGAACUCAUAUCAUCUGGGGAAAAACAAGGUGGGAUGAUCCUUAUUGUACCAGAAGGUGAACAUGCACUUCGCCUGGGGAACGAUGCCGAGAUAAGCCAAGAAGUGAAGCUUGAGAAAGGGUCAAUAUACUCGAUCACAUUUAGUGCAGCUCGAACUUGUGGUCAGCUAGAGUCACUUAACGUGUCUGUGCCACCUGCAUCACAGACCAUUGAUUUAGAAACGCUGUAUAGUGUACAAGGCUGGGAUACAUAUGCAUGGGCAGUUGAGGUGGAAGAAGAAAAUGUGCGGGUUGCGUUUAAAAAUCCAGGGAUGGAGGAUGACCCUACUUGUGGACCUAUUAUUGAUGAUAUUGCUAUUAAGAAGCUGUUUGUUCCUGAAAAAGUUAAAGAUAAUGCUGUACUUAAUGGUGACUUUGAAGAAGGCCCAUGGAUGUUCCGCAAUGCAUCUCUAGGUGUCUUACUCCCCACUAACCUUGAUGAAGAAACAUCGUCGCUGCCAGGUUGGAUUGUUGAAUCAAAUAGAGCAGUCCGAUACAUAGACUCCAACCAUUUUACCGUCCCGGAAGGAAAACGAGCAGUUGAAUUGCUUUCAGGCAAGGAAGGCAUUAUUUCGCAGAUGGUCGAAACAAAGCCAAACAAGGCCUACAGAUUAUCAUUUUCAUUAGGUCAUGCUGGGGACAAAUGCAAGCAGCCACUAGCAGUUAUGGCCUUUGCUGGUGACCAAGCUGAAAAUAUACAUUACACUCCUAAUUCCAAUGCCACAUUCCAAACUGCUGAUGUAAAUUUCACAGCCAAGGCUGAUAGAACACGUAUUGCCUUCUACAGCAUUUAUUACAACACGAGAAGCGACGAUUCGACCUCGUUGUGUGGACCUGUGGUUGAUGAUGUGAGAGUGGCAGUUUCAGGGUCCAGUAAAAUAAAGCUUGGAGGUAUAGUGAUGAUGUUAGUUCUAGCCUCUUCUUUGUUCUGAAUGUGAGCCGUUGAACAGAUACCUUUUUGUCAAGUAUAAAUAUGGUUAGUGUGUAAUGUGGUUUUGGCAUGGGAAUGUCGGGGAACUAGGUCCUAUGUCUCUGUUUUUUCCCAGGUUCCAUGUCUAUGUUUCAUUGCCAAGCUAUUAAGUUCAGAAGAAACAGCUUAGAUGUAGGAUUUAGAGUAUUUUGGGUAUGGACCUAUCAUGUUGUAGCAAUUGGCAAUGUGCUUUGAUCUGUUUUGUUAUCAAAGUUCGAUUGUCUUUAA